AUGGCAUCUCAUAUAUCUUUCAUAGUUUAUGGAUUAUUAUUAGUAAUCUUUACUAUUAUUGUUCAAUCGUUUCCGAUUGAAAAAACUAAAGGAAUUGUUCAAUCAUAUUUGUUAAAAAAAAAUAAAGAUAUUACAAAUCAACAACAUCAUCAUCAUCAUCAAUUUAUUCAAUCGGUAGAAACUACAACAAGUUCAACUAGUAGUACAACAAAUCCAACAAUUACCGUUUCUCAAAGUUCUUCAUCAACAUCAACAAUAACACCAAUAAUAACUGAUAAGAAAAAGAAACGUUAUAUUGAUGAUGGAUUGGAUGAAUUUUUAGAUAAUGAAUUAGAUUCUUCUCAAUUACCUUAUUUGAAAUAUAACAAUGGUCAUAAAUUACAUGCUAAAGUACAAGAAACAAUAGCUAAAAUUCAUGACAAUGCAGAUAAACCAGUCGAUACAGAUGAUUCAAAAGUUUUUUCUGAUAUUACAAUGACUCCAAGUGAAUUAACAGAUAUUGUACGUCGACGUCGUGAUGUUAAAUUAAAUACAAGACGUAAACGAGCUAUAUCACCAUAUAAUUUUUAUGAUACUGAUUCGUUUUAUGACCCAUAUGCUGAUUUAAUUGAAGGAUAUCAAUAUGCUCGUCCGACUCGUUCAUUUGCUCCACUCUAUUGGUAUCCAAGUGACUAUCAACGAAAUAUUCGUUCAGCUCUUGCACCAUCAUUCUAUGAAUCAUCAGUAUAUCCAACAUUAUAUUCAACGAUUGUUGAUAAUGAUGAAACUCCGAUUCCAACAUUUGAUGAUGAAAUUGAAGAUAACAAUGAAUAUGAAUCAGAUAGUUAUCCUAUUUUAUUAGAAUUAUCUAAUAAUCCAUUAGAUAAUGUAGAAUUAUCAGAACAAUAUGAUAGAGAAGAUGAUUUACCGAUUGAUGAGAGUACUGAAGAAAUGUCUAAUGAAAAUGACAAUGAUGACAAUGAUGAUGAUGAUGAUGAUGAUGAAGCACAAUAUCGUUUAAUUUAUCCAAGACAACGUUCAUAUUAUACUCGUUAUGGACCUUUAGAGACAUAUUAUUAA